GUUCAGAAGAAAUGUAUUUCCUUUAUCCAGAACUUAUUGUCCACAUUGGAUUUUCAUUAUUAGAGGGAGUACAUGGCUUAUGUUCUUUUAUUGAGUCAAGUCAUGGGAAGGAUGAAACAAGUAUCCGAUCAUUAAGAAAUUAUCCUUAAAGGGCCUAAAUCUCUACUGCUUUUCAAGUGUGUGCCAUUUGUGACCACUUUUUUGGUCUCUUUUAGGGGUUUUAAGAACUAUAGUACCAGUCAACAGAAUCCUGUGCUUCAUCCAUGGAGGAGACUUCAGAAUCAUCUGGUUUCAAGGUUUUGAUGUUCCCAUGGUUGGCUCAUGGCCAUAUCUCUCCUUUCAUGGAGCUCUCCAAACUACUCUUCACCAAAAAAAACUGUCACAUAUACUUUUGUUCCACAAAAAUCAACCUUAAUUUUGUGAAAGAAAAUUUUGGAGAAACCUUAUCCAAUCAUCACUCCAUUGAAUUAGUUGAGCUUCAUUUACCAGAUUCCCCUGCGCUUCCACCACAGUAUCAGACGACCAAAAACCUUCCACCCCAUCUCAUGUCAAAGCUUAUGAUAGCUUUUCAGAUGGCAAAAUCCAGCUUCAGCAUCAUCCUCAAUCAUUUGAGCCCAGAUUUGUUAAUCUUUGACAGUUUUCAAUCAUGGGCUUCAUUGUUGGCUGCAGAGAAGAACAUUCCUGCUGUUCAUUUUGCUACUUCAGGGGCAGCAACAGCUUCUUUUUUCUAUCAUAUGUACGCUCAUAAUUGCAGUGAUGAGUAUCCUUUUUCUUCCAUCUUUCUGAUGGACUAUGAAGCAAGAAAGUUUCAGGCUUUGGUUGAUUCUAAUAAAGCUGUUGCAGAGGAUUAUGCAUUCAGAUCCUUUGAUUUGAGCUCAGAGAUUGUGUUGAUUAAAACAUGCAGAGAACUUGAAAAGAAGUAUCUUGACCAUUUAUCUUAUCUUUGUGGUAAGGAAUUAGUAUGUGUAGGUCCACUGGUUCAAGAAUCAAAUAGCCAAGAAGAGGACAAUCAUACUGAUAUAAUUAACUUCCUGAAUAGUAAAAAUCAAGCUUCAGUGAUUUAUGUUUCUUUUGGAAGUGAAUACUUCUUGUCUGAAGAAGAAAGGGAGGAAAUUGCACAUGGGCUUGAGCUUAGCAAUGUGAAUUUCAUUUGGGUGAUUAGGUUUCCUGUUGGGCAAAAACUUACCAUUGAAGAAGCUGUUCCAAAAGGGUUCUUGGAAAGGGUUAAAAGCAGAGGAAUUGUAGUGGAUGGAUGGGCACCACAGGGUAAGAUUCUUGAGCAUGAAAAUACAGGUGGAUUUCUAAGUCAUUGUGGAUGGAGUUCUGUGAUGGAAAGUUUGCAUUUUGGAGUUCCAGUUAUUGCUAUGCCAAUCCAUCUUGACCAGCCCACAAAUGCUAGACUAUUGGAUGAAAUUGGGGUUGGGAUGGAGGUUUUGAGGGAUGAAAAUGGCAAGAUGAACAGAGGAAAUGUUGCAAAUGCUAUAAAAAUGGUGGUUUUGGAGAAGGAUGGGGAAGAGAUUAGAGGAAAAACUAGAGAAAUGAGUCAAAAGUUAAGAUUGAAAGGGGCAGAGGAGGAAGUAGAAGCAAUGGAAAAGAUUUGGAAUUUAUGCAGCAAAUACAAGGAAGCCAGGAACGGUAAAGAAACUGAAAUUGAGCAGCAAGAACAAGCUUCCAGAUGA